UUGGCUGCUGGCACUCGGCUUGGCUUUUUGGCUUUUUGGAUUUCGGCUCACGAUCGAUCGGGAAACGCGUUUCGCGGCAAAAGGCUCUUGCAAUAAUAACGGGUUUCUCGGAUGCGACCCUCUCGGCUCGGAAGUAUUACCAAAAUCGUGUGUGUGCUGCUGCUCAUCGGUUAAAACCGUAGAGUCACCAAAACAAAAGCACUAAAACGGAGUGUACUCUUAGCAUUUGUAAAACAUACAACCUUCGGUUGGGCAAAGAGUUUUAAUUGAACAAGUACAACUCCAGCAAAGCAGUUCAAAGCAGUUAAAGCCGCCUGGUACCUUACCAACAUUAACAACACCUGCAAAUCAGCACAAAACAACCUCAAUUGUCGCCUGGUGAAUUGCAUCGAAGUGAAGGUGUUAAGGCCCAGUACGAAGAAUAUCGUGUAUAAGAAGCCGCUAAAACAAAACCGGCUGGAUUUGCACUGACAAUAUGGAACCGUCGCAUAGGAACCACCAAAAUCCAGCCUUCGUGGGCGACGAUGGACGCAGCACGGCCAGCACAGUGGAGAUUUCGGCCAACAAUCCCGCCCUGCGAGAUAAUGCCGAUGACCAGGAGGCGGGCGGCAAAUUGCCGGAGGAGCGUGCCACCUGGGGCAAGGGCGUGGAGUUCCUCAUGUCCUGCAUCGCCAUGUCCGUGGGCCUGGGCAACGUGUGGCGCUUCCCCUUCACCGCUCUGGAUAAUGGCGGGGGCGCCUUCCUCAUCCCAUAUCUCAUUGUCCUGUUCCUGAUUGGCAAACCGAUUUACUAUCUGGAAAUGGUAAUUGGCCAGUUUUCCAGUCGCGGCUCGGUAAAGGUGUUCGAUUUGUGCCCGGCCAUGAAAGGUGUCGGAAUCGGCCAGGUGAUAUCCAUAUCCAUGGUGACCACCUACUACGUGGCCAUAAUGGGCAUAACCCUGCGCUAUCUGUACGACUCGUUCCGGUCGCCGUUGCCCUGGUCCGAGUGCCAGCCGGAGUGGCAGUCCUUCUGCGUGGCCUCCAGUCUGGGCAACACCUCCCAGUUGGCCAGUCCCAGUACCGGUUCCACUCCCAUUUCCGGGGACCCAGAGAUGGCCAGGUUGCCCCAACAGCAGCCCGUUGCAUCCGCGGAGUUGUACUUUCUUAAGGAAGUGCUGCACGAGACACCAAACAUUGAGGAUGGAAUUGGACUGCCCAAUUGGGAGCUGGUCGUUGGGCUCUUUGUGGCCUGGGCCUGUGUCUUCUUUAUUAUUCGGCGCGGAGUCAAGAGUUCGGGAAAGGCAUCCUACUUCCUGGCCCUCUUCCCGUACGUCAUCAUGGGCGUUCUUUUGGUGAGAGCCGUCACUUUGCCAGGAUCCUUAGAUGGCAUCUACUACUUCAUAAAGCCACAAUGGGGCAAGAUCCUUGAUCCGAAAGUGUGGUACGCGGCUGUGACCCAGUGCUUUUACUCCCUGUCCGUUUGUUUCGGCAACAUCAUCAUGUACUCGUCGUUCAACAAGUUCGGCCAUAAUGUCCAUAGAGAUGCGGCCAUUGUCACGGGUCUGGACACAAUGACCUCUCUGCUGGCGGGAUUCACGAUUUUCGGUAUCCUCGGACAUCUGGCCCACGAGAUCGGAACUGACGACAUUGGAUCAGUGGUUAAGGGUGGCGCCGGAUUGGCCUUCAUCUCGUAUCCCGAUGCCAUUGCCAAGUUCAAGCAGCUGCCACAGAUCUUCUCGGUGCUGUUCUUCCUGAUGCUCUUCGUCUUGGGCAUUGGAUCCAAUAUUGCAAUGACUUCCUGCUCGGUGACCGCCAUUCGGGAUCGGUUCCCCAACUUCAAGCAGUGGCAGUGCUCGCUGCUUAUAGCGGUGGUCAGCUUUUUGAUCGGACUGAUGUACAUAACGCCGGGAGGCCAAUAUAUGCUCACUUUGGUGGACUUUUUCGGCGCCUCGAUGAUUGCUCUGGUUCUCGGAAUCGCUGAGCUCUACACUAUAGGAUGGAUUUAUGGCACAGAUCGCCUGUGCAAGGACAUUGAGUUCAUGCUGAAUCGGAAAGUGGGUCUCUACUGGAGACUCUGCUGGAGCAUCUUUACCCCGCUGAUCAUGACUGUUAUUCUGAUCUACUUCUAUGCGACUUACGAGCCCCUGACGUACAAUAAUAUUAUCUACCCGAACUGGGCUUACAGCAUUGGCUGGAUGAUCACAGCGUUUGGCAUUCUUCAACUGCCCAUUUGGAUGAUUGUGGCCAUUAUUCGAGAUCCUGGCAAAACUGUGGGUGCGAAAAUCCGCGGAGCCUUCACGCCGAAGAAGAACUGGGGACCUAUGGAUCCUUUGCUCCGAGAGCAAUACAACAAGGAAAUCGAAAACGAGUUAACCCCGAAACGGGGUCAGGGAAUUUGGGCUGCCAUCAAGCAAAACAUAUUCGGUUGAUCCAUCCAAUACAACAACAAGCGCUCAUGUAAAUAAUCCGUUGUAUCUUAAGUGAAAAGAAUUUAAAAGAUCUUGUAUUAAUCCUAAGUCUGCCAAUAAACUUGAUAAGCAUCA